GAGUAUGAACAAUCUUAUACCAUGCAUUGUAUAUUCUAUAUAUUACAAAACCUUCCUCAAAAUCUCAAGGCUAAGUUGGGUCAACAGUGUCAGGAGUUUGUUCAAGAUUUUUACACUGCUGGAAAUUCUCUUGUUCCGAAAGUUUUUGAACAAAAAUGA